GAAACCGUGCAGAAUAGUUAAUUCGAAUUUGUUAUCUUUUACCCACGCGCCGUAUUUGUUAAACAAAAUAUCAUUUCUAAUGUUGAUGAAACGGCGAUAAUUGUGAAUUGUUUGGUCAAUCAGAUUUGAAAUGCAUUUGGCAGAUUUUUGCUGGAAAUUGUAUUUGUGGCCUAUACUAGCUGAUAUUGUUAAAUUUAAAGGAAUUUGUAACGAUAACAGAGUAACCCCGUUUCCAUAUAUCACACUUCCACCGGGUGCGACAUUUCCCGCAGCGACAACAGCAACGGGAUCCACGUUACCCACAUUUCCAACAUUACCAACGGGACCAACAGCAGGUUCAUCAUUACCAACUUUUCCGACUCUACCACCAACGAUUCCAACUGUUCCAACUCAGCAAACCUUGCCGACUUUUCCGACUCUAACACCAACGAUUCCAACUAUUCCAACACAGCAAACCUUGCCGACUUUUCCGACCCUACCAACGAUUCCAACUGUUCCAACUCAGCAGACAUUGCCGACGUUUCCAACUUUGGUUCCCACCGUUCCGACAAACGUACCAACAGCAACACCACUUCCAACGUUUCCAACACUUACUCCAACUAUAACACUUCCACCUACAGUCACUUUACCCAGUUUCCCGACCAUUCCUAGUGUAACUGCCACAGUUCCUACUUUUCCGACCAUACCUAGUGUAACUGCCACACUUCCUACUUUUCCAACCAUUCCUAGUGUAACUGCCACACUUCCUACUUUUCCGACCAUACCUAGUGUAACUGCCACACUUCCUACUUUUCCAACCAUUCCUAGUGUAACUGCAACACUUCCUACUUUUCCGACCAUACCUAGUGUAACUGCCACAGUUCCUACUUUUCCGACCAUUCCUAGUGUAACUGCCACACUUCCUACUUUUCCGACCAUACCUAGUGUAACUGCCACACUUCCUACUUUUCCGACCAUUCCUAGCGUGACUGCCACACUUCCCACUUUUCCAACCAUACCUAGUGUAACUGCCACAAAUCCUACUUUUCCGACCAUUCCUAGCGUGACUGCCACACUUCCCACUUUUCCAACCAUUCCCAGUGUCACUGCUACUCUUCCCACCAUCCCAACAAUUCCAAGUGUUACUGCUACUAUUCCAACGUUUCCAACUUUAAAUCCAGGAACGAUAACACCAUUAAACUGUCCAGACGGCGUUGUACUUUGUCCGGUUCCAGUCGGCCCAGGUCAGAUCGACCCGCGGCAAACGAACAACAGUGGCUUGGGUCUCAGGCAGGGAGUAUUACCGAAUGGUUGUCCAUGCAUUGACGCAAGACAAUCGGCAAUCGGAAUAUUGUUACAGGCAUACCAAUUAGCACAAAAUUGCUACUCUCCAGACAAUUUACCUGGAGUUUGUAUUAACAUUCAAAACUGUGCGUUUUUCUACCGUCUUCUGCAAACUGGAGAAACGGGAUCGUUAGGUUCACUUGGGGCUUACAUAAAGAAAUCUCUGUGUGGAUAUGAUGGCGUAGACUUGCUGGUUUGCUGUCCGAACCAAAUUUCUCAAGGCGUAACCCAAAGUAUACCACAAAUCAAUACACCAUUUACGUUCAGUUCGCUUACAAGUGGAACAACAGUAACAGGUAAUACUUUUCCGCCAACAUCAUCUCCAACAUCUGCUCCGACAACGUCCACAUCGCAAACAUGUGGAAUUUCUAAUUUUACACAAACAAGAGUUGUUGGCGGUGGACCGGCAAAACUCGGUCAAUAUCCUUGGAUUGCUGCAUUGGGUUACACAAGUUCAUCGGGAGCAAUUGUAUUUAAUUGUGCUGGAUCAUUGAUCACUCAGAAACAUGUACUGACGACUGCACAUUGUGUAAACAACAAUUUAUACCUCGCUAGAUUAGGCGAAUAUGAUUUGAGUUCAACGAAUGAUGGAGCUUUUCCAGUUGACAUGGUGAUUGAUCAAACGUUCGUCCAUGAACAAUAUGUGCCGAAGAUAAUUUACAGCGAUAUUGCAAUGCUGAAGUUACGAGACUAUGCUCCCAUUACCGACCAAAUCCGUCCGAUAUGUUUACCGCUAAAUGAGCCAUUACGAUCUCGAGACUUGACGGGUUAUCAACCGUUUAUCGCUGGAUGGGGAGCGACAUCGUAUCAGGGACCAGUGUCUUCAAUACUGCAAGAGGCUCAAAUACCCGUAGUCUCGAAUUCAGAUUGUGAACGGAAUUAUCGGAUCUAUUUUCCGAAUCAAAUUUUCGACAAUCGAGUUAUAUGUGCGGGCUUCGGGGGCAGGGAUUCAUGUCAGGGUGAUUCAGGUGGUCCACUUAUGUUACCACAAAUUAUCUCGACUGGCAGUUCAAGCUAUUACUUUGUGCUUAUCGGACUUGUCUCUUAUGGCUACGAAUGUGCUACCGAUGGUUUUCCGGGCGUGUACACGAGAGUGUCUACUUUUAUUCCAUGGAUAGAAAGUAAGCUUAAUUUGUGAAAGUCUUUCAAACGACAAGUAAAUCAAUAAAUGCUAUUAGGAC